GGUCUCAUUAGCCCCCCUCGUCAGGUGCUCGCGGGCGGGGCGUCGCGCCCUGCUCAGUGUGAGGCUCGGAGAGGAGUGCAGCUCCGCCUUGGGCUCCGCACAACGGGGCUUGAUGGGGGCUGCACAUGGGGCUGCACAUGGGGCUGCUUCAGGUGCGGUUUCUGGCCGUGCUCCUCCUCGAGGCGGUCGUCGUACACGUCCGCCCUGAGCUCCACCUGGAGAAUGGCUCCUCAGUUGGCGGGCCGCUGCAGCAGGCGGACUCUACCGCGGCGGGCAUCCCGACGACGCCUUCGGCCCUGGUGACGGACACACGCGGCGGCGCCCUCCUGGUUACUGACCUUGUCGACAGACAUCUCGAGGCGAACAUACCCGCCUUCCCCGUGCCCAACUCUCUCGACGCGACCCCUCGCCCCGCCCCGACGGGGACGUCACCGCCCUGGCCAACCACGCUCCUCCACGCGACGCCGACGCAGCCCCUCUCGGAGUGGGGCAGCGCGCCUGUGAACGCCGUGGCCGUGCACCUCCCCGUCGUCCCGGUGGCAGCCGCUGACAAGCCGGGGCAUCAGGCUCACCAGGCGCAGGGCGGUCACCGCCACCCCCCUUGCCAGCCGGGCCUGCAGCGCCCGGGCCGCUGCGAGGUCAGCGUGCGCUCGAUUGGCGACGGCAACCGGGUGGUCUGCUCCGGCGGACUCCACAAGAUCUCGCGGACACGGAGCCACAAGAAGACCACGGCCCUGGUGCUCUGCUACUGGCCGGAGGACACGUUCGACCCCAGCAUGCUGACCAUGUUCGAGCGGCUCGAGCGCCUCCGGCUCUCCGACAGCAACAUCACCGAGGUGCUGGACUUCCCGUACCACGAGCACCUGCAGGAGCUGGUGCUGUCCGGGCUGGGGCUCACCUGGGUCGGCGACGACAUCUUCAUGGGGCUGCGGCGCCUGCGCGUCCUGGACCUCAGCCGCAACCUCCUGAGCUCGCUUGACAGGACCUGCGUGCUGCGCCUGCCGAGCCUCCAGCAGCUACUCCUCGCCGGCAACCCGUGGCGGUGCACGUUGAGGCUGGCCUGGCUGGCGGAGCCCGCCGCCCGCCGGCUCGUCGCGGACGCGGACGGGAUGCAGUGCGGCGCGGCCCUCUGGCCCCGGAGGCCCGUCCUGCCCGUCCUCACGCUGCUCAAGCGCGUGUCCGACGAGUGCCCGGCCAGCAACCCGUGCUCCUGCGAGUUGACGGGCGUCGUCAGGGACGCGAGGGAGGCGCCCCGAGGCGCGCCCCGCGACCCCGGGGGCGGCGGCGGCGGCGAGCUCCUGCCCAUCAUCACGGUCAACUGCAGCCACCGCAGCCUGGGCGCCAUCCCGGGGCGCCUGCCCGCCAACACCACCACGCUGCUGCUGCGAGGGAACAAGAUUACGAGCGUACGACCCCUUGUGGACCUUCACGCCAGCGUCCUCGACGUGUACCUGGACGACAACCAAGUGGAGUCCAUCGCCGACCUCGAGGGGUCGCCUUGGCUGGCCAACUUUAGGGUGCUCAGCCUGAGGGCCAACAAGCUCGAACAGCUGCCGACUUAUGCCCUGGACAACGCCCUGGAGAGGAACGACCACGUGGUCAGGGUGUACCUCGGGCUCAACCCCUGGCGAUGUGACUGCCAGUUCACGCCCACGUUCCAGGAACUGCUUGCCAAAUACAAGCCCCUCAUUCAGGACUGGGAUGAUAUCCGUUGCGCCGCCGUCGAGGGUGACGACAAUUCGAUGAAGAAGAUACACGCGUUGAGUCGGCGCGCUGUCUGCCGCGAGGAGGGGGAGCCGCGGGUGUCGGCCCUGGACCUGCUGAACGCGGCGCUGGGCGUGUCCCUGGCGGCCGUGCUCGCCAAGCUGGCCUUCGACUUCUGGCGGUAUCGACGGUACGGCAGGCUGCCCUGGAUCGCCACCAAGCUGCCCUAGGUGGCGCAGCAAUAAUUUUGACCUCUAUGUGGUGACAGGUUUGAACAAAAAAACGUGCUGCCCUAUCAAUAGAUAAAUAAUUUAUGCAAUAAAUAAUAAUCAUCACAAACGUUCAAAAAAUGCAGUGAAACAAAUAGGGUACAUGUACUCAUAUAAAGACGUGUUCCUAGUAGUCUUUUCAGUUAUAGCGUUAUAGUUUGCAAGUACUGAGAUCGUAUAAGCGCGACGAGCUAUGCCAUGCAGCCCUGCGGCGAGGCGGAUCAUGAGAGAAGGGCGCCCUGGAGU